AUGCAUUUCAAAUAGAGUUAAAAUGGAGAAUAAAUCCCAACAUAUUAUUAUAAUUUAAUUAAAAGAAAUGUUAUAUAUUCUUACAGAAGAGCAAGUAGAGAUUCCAGAGAUAUUGAAAUUAAAGCUAAUCAAAGAAAGUUGAUGUUAAAGAUAUUGAAGUUAAUUAUGAUUAUAGGACCAAGAGGAAUCUUGAACAGAAACUUUAAACAUGCAUCCUUGGAUAUCUAAGUCCAAAAAGAAAUUAAAGAAAUAAAGCAAAUAGGACUAAUCAAGAUUGAAUAUUAGGAUGUGGUAUAAUACAGCAAGCAAAGAUUUUAAGUAAAAUCAAUUGCUGCUUAAAUAAAGAAUAUGAUUAGAGGUAUUACUUCAGGAGUUGUGAUCACUAGAAAAGAAGCUGAAGAAAAGAAUGUCUUGAUCUUAAGCGCUAAUGAUCUUAAUAAUGUUUCAUUAACAUGUGCUUUAAUUCAUUAAGCUUGUGCAGUUAAAAAUAAAGAUAUUAGAUGA